GACAGUGAGCAGCACAAAUCAUGUUCUCCUGUGGCAGAGAAGCAAAGAAACUAGAGAUGCAGGAAAGAGAGGAUCAAAAGGAAGAGAUGGUCCUGGAGAACCAGGUAGUGCAGAGGAACCUGGUAGGGACGUUGAAGGAUCAGCUGGAGAAGCAAACAGAGAAAAUAGAGGAAAUUCCAGAGAACCAGAGGAAGAAACGAGUGAAGAAGGGGGUUCUGGUUAUAGAGAUUGAGAUGAAGAGAGCACAGAGUCAGGUGGCCCCGCUGGAUCCGGUGGAUAAACCAGAGCAGGUAGUUCUAGAGGACCAGGGGCAGAAACAGGUAAAACAGAUGAUUCUUGACAUUGAGAUGAAAAAGGCACAGAGGCAGGUGGCCCUGCUGGACCUGAUGGAUAAACCAGAGCAGGUAGUUCUAGAGGACCAGGGGAAGAAACGGGUGAAACAGAUGAUUCUUGACAUGGAGACUGAGAUGAAGAAGGUACAGAGGCAGGUGGACACGCUGGCUAAACCAGAGCAGGUAGUUCUAGAGGACCAGGAAAAGAAACAGGUCAAACAGAUGGUUCUUGACAUAGAGACUAAGUUGAAGAAGGUAGAGAGGCAGGUGGACCUGGUAGAUAAACCAGAGCAGGUAGUUCUAGGGGACCAGAAGAGAAAAUGGGUAAAACAGCUGGUUCUUGGCAUAGAGACUAGGAUGAAGAAGGUACAGAGGCAGGUGGCCCCGCUGGACCCGGUGGCUAAACCAAAGCAGGUAGGUUUAGAGGACCAGGGAAAGAAACGGAUAAAAAAGGUGGUUCGGUUUUUAGGAGUUAAUAUGAAGAAGCCAAAUUUUGAGGAGAAAAUGGUCCCCAAAAACCUGGAGCAAAAAGGGCUGGAGAAGCAGGUGCCUCUGAUGGACCAGAUGAAGAAGGUGGAGGAACGGGUAGCUCUAGUGAACUCGCUGAAGGACCUAGACAGGGAUGAAGCACCUGAGCACCGGUGGACAGAACUGGAUGAGCCAGCAGCUUUGGAGCACCAAAUAAGAAACCCGGAGGAGCAGAACCUGGAUAGAGGAUGGACUGAAGAUCCACAGCAGUCCGUCAUUCUGAAGAACAUCUCCGAGGCGUCCUCUAACAAAACGGACCACCAGCAGCUGCAGGACGACGUUCUUGUUCCCCCCAUUGUUGAAGCCCAACCUGAAGAGUUUGGGGCUCUGAUGGAGACCGUGUGUGAAGAUGGACAUCAGGAAGAUCAAGGCGUGUCAGUGCCGGCCGUCGCCCCUCCGCCGUCGUGUCCCAAAAACAAACUCAAGAAGAACCAGACUGAGAACCACACGCCCAGUACCAUCAACAACAUCCUGAAGGGUUUUGUCAUCGGCGCUGCUGUUGGGUUGCCGGUCGCUGUAGCUUCCCGUCGACUGUCCUCGUUCUUCAAGAUCUGACGUGGAGACGAUCCGGAGAACCAACACGCCAACUUUUCCAACAUUAAAAUAAAAAUCAAGUGCAUUCAUCAA